AUGAUCUUCUACACUGGCCUGACCUUUGGUCAGUUUGUAGCAUUAUUCAAUUUCCUAAAUUCCCAUGGUAUUUGUUAUCGUCUAAAUUACUGGGGCUCUGAUUAUGCUAAGGUACAAUUACCUGAUAUAGAAGAGAAGGGACAAAAGCGCUUCUUAGAGCCUGAUGACAAGCUUUUUCUGACAUUGUGUAGAUUGAGGGUUAAUAUACCAGAGAAAGUACUGGCUGAUAACUAUAAUAUUAGUGUAUCAGGGGUAUCAAGGAUUUUUGCUACCUGGCUCGACUUACUUUUUUCAAGGUUAAUUCAACUUCCUGUUUGGGCUACAAGAAGAACAGCUGAAGAAACAAUGCCCAAAGUUUUUCGGCAGAAAUACCCACUCACAAGGGUCAUCCUUGACUGUACUGAAUUAUUCAUUGAAAAGCCCUCAUGUUUCUGUGCACAAUCUGAAACUUACUCCUCAUAUAACUCCCACAAUACAGCCAAAGGCCUUGUUGCAAUAGCACCUAAUGGUGCUUUAACCUUUGUGUCAGAUUUGUAUGGAGGUCAUUGUAGUGACAAAGUUAUUGUUGAGCACUGUGGCAUUCUACAUCUUCUUGAAGAGAGUGUUGCAGUAAUGGCAGAUCGUGGUUUUAAAAUCUAA